CGGACGAUAGAGUAAGUAUGUCGUAUGUCCUGGCCGGAUACGCGGAUUGUUGAUGUGUACGACCAAGGGCUGCUAGGAUUGCAGGGGCAGCGGGCCCAUAUUGCUGUUGACAGAUCAGGUCUUGUCCAAGGUGAGUCGGUGAGUCGGCACAAGAAAGUAAUGGGCAGUGUCGGGCGCUGGACGCUGCAGAGGUUCGUGUCACAGUCGACGUUCUCUUUUGCGCGCUCCGUCGUCCUUCGCCAUGCUGCCAGAGCCUCAUUGCGGUUGCCCUGCCCACUGCAGGUCGAGUGUCUGGACCGUACGGAGUACCGCCCGUCGAAUUGUGACAUAAUAUAAAUGCGACAGCCUGUCCCCUAGGAGUACGUAUUGCGCUUGUUUACUCCGACUAUCUGUGUUCGUAUCGCUCCCUUUGUCCAUCACCGCACAGCACAUCAUCGGGAGUCACUGAAGAGUGCCCAACGCUGCUCAUCCUACGCGGGUCAAGUGGAACUUGGGGAGUCACUGAAGUCUGUGAUGUGUCCAGCGCACAAUCAUUAAUCCUGCAUUUUAACACCCAUCAAGACAAGUGUGGUGUCCAAAGGCGUUAGAGAACGACAACGAACAACUUAACAGGCCCAGAUUGGGAAGAAUAAUGUCGUCAAGCGACCAACACAGAGCUUGGAUCGACCCCUCCGGCCACAUCCACUGGUACACCACGACCGGCCACGGUCACCGCCACCGCCAAAACCACAGCAGUCGCAGAACUCGUGACGACAAGUACGAGUAUGUGCGCGUGUAUCCCGCCCGGAGACACUCGAACCCAAACUCCAAGGGCCAUACGGUGCGCUUCCUCGGGAGCCCGAGAAGUGGUGGUUGGAGUUCGUCUUCAUCAUCGGGAAACGGUCGUGGUCGUGGUCGUGAUCGUGACCGUGAUCGCGGACGAAGUAGGGAUCGAAGGGCGAGCAGGGACGAGCAGCGGCGAAAGGCCAAGUAUCAUCGCUAUGCGGAUCGAAAUCCAAACCGAAAACGAACGCGCAUAAACGUGCACGGCCGGGAAGGCGACUAUGUGUACUUCGAUCUCGGUGACUGGGGGGUCCAAAGGCGGGUGAAAGCUUGCGAGCAUGGGAAAAUGCCGGCGCUCUGUGAGACGUGUGAGCGGAGGAAGUACGGGUUGUACGAGCGAGACUACGGUCCUCCUCGCAACAGUACUCAAGAUGGUCACAAAAGAGGGAGGACUAGGAGUCGGAGUCGGUGUCGGAGUCGGAGUCGACCCAGUGGACGAGAUAGGCGAAGAAGAAGAAGAGCGACAUCAUCUUCAUGCUCAUGCUCGACGUGCGAUGAGACGGGCAGCUGCAGUACAUGCAGCAGCGCGAGAUCGGAAGCUCGAGAACGGCUGCGUGAGGUGCGCCGAAGAAUCAGAGACACUGGAAGACAAAGACAAAGGGAACGAGAAAGAGAAGCGGCAGUGACAGAGGCAGAGGCAGAGUUCCCGGAAAACACGCAGAUCCACAUACGCGAGCCAGAUGGUGAGGUGACUUACGUCAGGUACAUUCGUGAAGAUGAGGUCGAUCCUGAUGGAGGGUACGAUUGGUAUGACUAUGACUAUGACUAUGACUAUGACUAUGACUACUACGACACCGGAUACGAUGACGGGUAUGGCUAUGACUACGGCUAUGACUACGACUAUGAUUAUGAUUAUGAAUACCCAUUCGGCAGGGCGGGAAGAACGGACAGAGAAAGAGAAAGGGAUAGGGAGCGGCAACAGGCAGAGCAAGAAGAGGCAGAGGUCGAAGAAUACAGGAGAAAGAUGAAGGAACUGGCAAGGGAUCAGAGGCAGGCGGCGGCAAAUAGGGAGUGGUUGAUCAGAAACUAUGGGAGUUGACAAACGGCUUUGCGCACUUCUACUGUUAACAGGAUAGAGUCGGGAGUGUGGGAAAAACGAAUUCAUAGAUAGAUUGAUAGAUCGAUGGGUUGAUAGACAGGAUCUGUGAUAAGAAUGCAUGAUAUAGUCG